UCUCUCUUUCUCUCUCUCUCAAGUCUCUCUGUAAAUCUCGCCAUUUUUCUCUGUCUCUAGCAUCUCGUUGUCAGUUCACUUUCCCCAACGAUGGAAGCUAGGGCUCUAACAAAUCACAUAUUCUCAACAUUCUCAUCUCAUUCAUCUUCAUCUCAAGCUUCAUCAACUCAUCAUUAUCAUUCCUUAUUACCUACUACUACCAUUUCACUUAAAAAUCAUAAAAGAAUUUUGUCAUCUAAAGUUUCAGUUUCUAGCCCUAGAUCUCAUUUCAACCGAAGAAAUUUCAUUACCUGUUCUUCUGUCAAUGGAAUAGAAGAAACUGUCAAAGAUGUUCCAAUUGAGAAGCAAUUUCCUGCAUACCCAACUGUGAUGGAUAUUAACAAGAUUCGCGAAAUUCUACCUCAUAGGUUUCCGUUUCUAUUGGUUGAUAGAGUGAUUGAAUACAAUGCUGGAGUUUCAGCAGUUGCAAUUAAGAAUGUAACAAUCAAUGAUAAUUUCUUUCCUGGCCAUUUCCCAGAAAGACCAAUUAUGCCUGGAGUUCUCAUGAUUGAGGCCAUGGCUCAGGUUGGAGGUGUGGUGAUGUUGCAACCAGAAGUGGGUGGGUCUCAACAAAACUUUUUCUUUGCAGGAAUUGACAAAGUGAGGUUCAGGAAACCAGUGAUUGCAGGGGAUACCCUGGUUAUGAGGAUGACCCUUAUUAAAUUACAGAAACGUUUUGGAAUAGCUAAGAUGGAAGGGAAGGCAUACGUUGGGGGUGAGGUAGUAUGUGAGGGUGAGUUCUUGAUGGCUACUGGUUCUAGUGAAUGAGCUGCUGCUGUCUCUUGAUCCUUCAAUUGCCAACCCUUCUCAAAUCGGAUCAUAUUACGAGGUCAAAGAGUUUGAGGAUUUCAUUGAGAUUCGGCAUUUAAUGGUUCUGGAUAAAUUAUCCUUUGGCAUUGUGUUUGUGUUUCUUAAGAUAACAGGGUUAUUUUUCUUUCUUCUUUUGUUAUUUUGUAGAAUAAUUUUCCAAAUUAUCAUCACAUAAUUUAUUUUAUUUUUAAUAAUGAGGAAC